AUGCUCCCCCAGCGGGGUAGAGAGUUCCUGGUACGGCUGUCUGGAUAUUGGAAGCCGCUUUUCAAUGGUAGGUUUCUCCUCGUCACCAACACGGUGAGCUGCGGUUCAAUGCUGGCCGUGGGAGACACGAUUCAGCAGGCACGGGAGAGCAGGAAGAAUCCGGGCACGAAGUGGGACUGGACCAGGACGGGGCGCAUGCUUGCUAUAGGAUGUUCCAUGGGGCCUUUCAUGCACUACUGGUACAUGUGGCUGGACAGAGUGUAUGUGGGGAGGGCUCUGAAGACGGCCACUAAGAAGGCUGACUGGUGUGUGUGGCCUCCUGCGCAGAUGAUUAAUUUCUAUUUCCUACCUGCCAACCUCCGUGUGAUCUACGUGAAUGUGAUCACAUUGGGAUGGGACACCUACCUCUCCUACCUCAAACACAGAAAGGAUGGAAAGACAGAAGCUCUUCCUACUGACUCCAGCAGUAACCCUGGAGACCAGGAGUCAGACACCUCUGUGUCGAAGUGCUUAGAAGAGACACAGUAG